AAAAAAGAACCUAUACACAUCAGGAAGGUUGAAUAAAUAACCUCUACUACUAAUCUAACACAUUUUCGUGGAGAGAAAGAGAGAUAGAGAGGGAGAGAGAUGAAUCUUCAUGAGAAGGGUUUAACUUUUAAGUCUUCAGGCUUCCUUGCAUGGCUUAGAGCAUCUUCUAAUUCUUCUUCUCCUUCUGUAUUAUUCCCUAUGAAGAUGAAAGAUGUUGUAUCAAGAUCAUAUCAUCAAAGUCAGAUGAACAUUUUGGAACGAUCUCUAUUCUUAUACCAACCACAAGAACCACUCAACACAAACACUACGUCUAUUCAAUGUUUGCCUCUUCUAAACAAGCUCAUGGAAGAUGAAAGUCAAGCAUCCGAUGAUAUCAAAGAAGAGAUAGAUGAUGAUGUGGUUACCCUCCAAAUCGGAUUGCCUACCUAUCACCGUGGUAACUCAGUGGAGGAUGACUCAGAUACAACUUCCGAGCAUCAUCAGAAAAAGUCCAUUAAGAGAGAGAGAAUAGAAGAUGGUGUGGUGAUGAUGAAGAAGAGGAUAAAGAUGACGUUUGAGCAGAAGAUGAUUGAUGAUAUGGAAGUCUGUGGGAAGAGAUUUUGGAUACCAAGUCCGGCUCAGAUUCAUGUCGGUCCAAUGCAAUUUGCUUGCUCUAUUUGCAGCAAAACCUUCACUAGGUACAAUAACAUGCAGAUGCAUAUGUGGGGACAUGGAUCAGAGUUCAGAAAAGGAGCUGACUCUUUGAAGGGUACAACCCAACCUGCGGCUAUCCUGAGGCUGCCAUGUUAUUGCUGCGCGGAAGGAUGCAAGAACAACAUCAACCAUCCGCGUGCCAAGCCCUUGAAGGAUUUUCGUACACUUCAGACACAUUACAAACGUAAGCAUGGCUCCAAGCCUUUCUCUUGUGGAAAAUGUGGCAAAGCGUUGGCCGUUAAAGGUGAUUGGAGGACCCAUGAGAAGAACUGUGGAAAGCUUUGGUAUUGUACAUGUGGAUCAGAUUUUAAGCACAAGAGGUCUCUUAAGGACCACAUCAAGUCCUUUGGCCAUGGACAUUCUCCUCACCCGUCUCUUUCUUUUGAUGGGUUUGAGGAGGAUACGGAAUGUGUCACCACGGAGUGAUAGAGAUGUUAGAUAAACACACCGGGUGACUCUGAUAAUCAUCGAUAUAUCCGGUAAGAUCUGAAUUUUCUAAUGUUGCUUCGUAACUAUGCACCACAAAACAUCUCAAGUCUACCAAAGAAUUUUUAUCUUGAAAAGGGAGAAAUUCUUUGUUAGACUUGGACUCUGAUAUUUAAAAAUAUAGCAAUUUUUCCAAAGAAAAUGAAGCAACAUUUUAAAAUUUAGAUCUUUUACUUGUGAUAUUUACGACGAGUCUACAUAGAACCCGGUGAGGAUUAUCUAAUACUAAUAAAAUUUAAGAUAUUGGUUUCACGUAGUUUGUGUGUUUAGCUAAGUACUAUGGCAUGUGAUUUUCUUAUUUAAUAAGGGUGAUUAUCUCUUGGAAUUUUGUGAAGCACGUGAAUUUUCUGUUUCUCUUAAUGUGUUUGCUUGUAUUAGAAGAGAAAAUUGGUGUGCUUCACUUCAUUAUUGUACGAUAAUCCUCAAUAUAGACCCUUGAUAUAUUUUGUAAUCUCUUUUUUCACUA